AUGGCCGCCAGCGCUUCAUCAUCCAAACCGCCAGUCAUGGGUCCAUCGGCAACCAGUCUAAAGACCCGACCAGCCAGCACAAUCUCAGAGCCAUCUGCCGCGCAAUCUCAAGACACCUUAACUCCCAAUCAAGUAGAAAUCUUGAAGGCAUUUAGAGCUGAACUCGAAGGAGAAGGACAUCUCAAGCCCACUGAGACUUUAGGGACAGAUGACGAAACUCUCAUUCGGUUUCUGAGGGCAAGAAAAUUCGACCUUCAAGCGUCAAAGCGUAUGAUCACACAAUGCUUGCAAUGGCGCCAUCAGUUUGAAGGAAUAGGUAUCGACGGACUGUAUGCAGAAUUGGAUCCUUUUGAUUUUCCAGAUCGAGAUCAAGUUUUCAAGUAUUGGCCAAUCUAUUUCCAUGGGAUCGACAAACUUGGCCGACCGGUGAACAUCCAAAUGUUUGGCUCACUCGAUUUAAAUAAACUCUAUUCAGUAAUCGAUAAACAAUCGCAUUUCAAAGUCUUGGUGGCCAACUGUGAAGCGUUAACUCGGGAGAUCCUACCAGCUUGUAGUUACCGGAAUCAAAUGAUCAAACUCAAAAACUCGUCUGAAUCCGAUCACCCUUCUCAAGCCAACUCAAACUCAACCUCAUCAUCAUCUUCUCACUCCACUACUUCCACCACUAAAAUCACAAAUGCCUUUUGUAUUGUCGACUUGAAAGGCUUCACUCUCACUCAGUUUUGGCAGAUUAAAAAUAUUGCUCGGAUUUGUUUCAGCAUUUCUCAAGAUUACUAUCCGGAAACGAUGGGAUAUCUAGCCAUCAUCAACGCGCCGAAGUCAUUCGCGACAAUCUUCAAAGCAGUUACACCAUGGUUGUCCAAAGAAACGAUUUCCAAGAUCAAUAUUUUAGGCGAAGAUUAUCAAUCGACCUUAUUAGAACACAUAGACGAGGAGAACCUUCCCAGUUUCUUAGGCGGAACAUGCCAAUGUAAUAACCAAUUUAGUUGCUCGCAAAACGACAAAAAAUUUGAUCGAUCGCCUUGGUUGAAAGAGCGGAAUUGGAAGAACCAGUCAUGGAGAAAGUUUGACACCCCAAAUGAAAACCAAGCCCAAACCUCAAGCCAAGCCACUCAAGCUCAUCCUUCCGCUUCAGCCCCCAAUUCCCAUGAUCUUCAAGACCAUGACCUCGACACUUCUAGCAAUCACCCCGAACAGCAGAAUGAGGUUACUGAUGGUGGUGACACUUCAGAUGGAGCUUUAAUCAUCAACAACUCUCCAAAACUUGCAACGAAAAAAUAA